AAUCUACGAGAACAAUACACACCAUCCAUGAUGUAUCGAAAACGUACAACUCCAACCGCACAACGUACAACCACAAGUCAUACAACACAACCCUCCCCACGAAUUCCCCCAAAAGCACACUGUUAUCCAGGUCAGGUGACAUGAAUGGAACCUAAAUAAAUAAAUCCAACCAUUAUAUUAUAUUAUAAUCUAUUCACAAGUACAAGUAGAGUGAGUGUGUGCACACGAACUCGCUCGCUCGCUCAGAUUCAUUUCGCCAAUCUCUUCUUCAUUCUUCAUGACUUCAAUCAUCGAAUCCUGUUGGACGUAUUUGAUCACCAAUUUCAGUGACUUUCAGUUGGCAUGCCUUGGAAGUUUUUUGCUUCAUGAGUCGGUCUUCUUCUUAUCGGGGCUUCCUUUCAUUUACUUAGAAAGGGCCGGAUGGCUCAGCAAGUAUAAAAUUCAGGCGAAGCAUAACACCACUGAAGCUCAAGAUAAAUGCAUCACUCGCCUACUGCUGUAUCAUUUCUGUGUCAAUCUGCCCGUUAUGAUCGCCUCUUAUCCUGUUUUUAGCUUCAUGGGAAUGCGAAGUAGUCUUCCAUUGCCAUCCUGGAAAGUAAUGUCGACCCAGAUACUAUUCUACUUCAUUGUGGAAGAUUUUAUAUUUUACUGGGGACACAGGAUCUUACAUACUAAAUGGCUAUACAAACAUGUCCACAGUGUCCAUCAUGAGUAUGCAACACCUUUCGGGUUGACCUCAGAAUACGCUCACCCUGCUGAAAUUUUAUUCCUUGGUUUCGCCACAAUUUUCGGGCCCGCCAUCACAGGCCCACAUCUAAUAACACUUUGGUUGUGGAUGGUAGUGAGAGUUUUGGAGACAGUUGAAGCACAUUGCGGUUAUCAUUUCCCAUGGAGCCCCUCAAACUUUCUUCCGUUAUACGGGGGUUCUGAUUUUCAUGACUAUCAUCACCGACUUAUCUACACCAAAUCUGGCAACUACUCAUCAACUUUUGUCUACAUGGACUGGCUAUUUGGUACCGACACAGGGUACAGAAAACUGAAGGCGUUAAAGAGCGAAGAGGAAGACAAGUAUAAAGAGAAUUAACGCGCCCUUAAAAAAAUGAAUUUUGGACUCCAUGCAUUGUGACAAAGGUCCCCGUCUUUUCUUGAUUGUGAAUUCAUUUACUGUUGCAAUUUUCAUCUUGUAUUGAUUGUGAAUUCAUUUACUGUUGCAAUUUUCAUCUUGUAUGCUGUAUUAUGCACAUCCUCAACAAGAGGAGGGCAUUCAAUCCUUUAUAUGUUGUCGUCUUUGUGGUAAAUCGUCUAAAGACUUUUAGGGCA